CUUCCUUCCUGUGCUUUCUAUUCAUUCGAACAACCUCCCAGUACCUUACUUGAUGACUCGGCUAGCUCGACACCGCUCACAUUUCUUAUCCUCCUCAUCCUAACACUCCCUCGAACACGCAUACACUGUAGGCAACCACACAGCACCCGAAAAUGGCAACUCCAUCGUCGCCUGGCAUCCCGAGGUCAGACUCGGCGUCACCUCCGCCUGCAACCAUCCCAGAUCGUCCAGCCUCUCCAGAAGUGCCACUCACCAUGUCCGCCUCAGCCAUCCUGAUAGCUCAACCUCGCGAUGUGGCUUCUGCCCUGAGCAGCGCAGGCGAAUAUCCUUCAGACAAGGUCGUGGUCAAGUUCAAGGCCGUCGGAAGUGCACCCUCGCUCGCUCGAGGGGUGGCCAAGAUCUCUUCUACCCAGACAUUUCAUACCGUCAUAUGGUACUUGCGCAAGAGGCUCAAACUUCAAGAAACAGACAGCGUCUUUUGCUAUGUCAAUGACUCUUUUGCCCCUUCUCUCGAUGAGAUUGUUGGUAACUUGCACAGCUGUUUCAAGGAUUCAAGCGGUCAGCUUGUGAUUUCUUAUGCUAUGAAUCCAGCCUUUGGCUGAGAUUAAGUACGCUAUUACAUGGUAUACUAAGGCUGAACAACGAUGAAAAUGCCUCCGCCCUCUAGACUCCCA